AACCAUACACAAAAGGGGGGCAGGAUCAUACCAACUUGGAGACACAUUUGGAGUAUGGAGAGCCCGGUAGGUCAGGCCUAAAAUUAGCCUCGGACAGCGGCCGAUGUGUGAUGUUUUAGCAGAGGAUACACGAUCACAUGGGCUGGCAGGAAAAGUUUCCCAUGCGUGACAUUUAACGCCACACAUUAACCGAGGAGACUGUACGUAAUGCACGGGUAGCGCUGCCUCUGCUUGUCAUUUUCUUCUUCUUUUGGGGUCCUUGCAUGCACAGCCACCAGCACACGUCGUCGCUUUCCCCUGCAGAAAUGUCGUUUUUAAGCAUACCAAGUCAAGAGGGUCUUUUUAUUCCCAUCAGACGGGGCAGGUCAAAAGAAGAUGAUGACGACGACGAAGAAGAAGACGAUGAUGAUGAUGAUGAGGGAGAUGUCCGCCUGAUCCCAAGAUGCUCCCCGGUGCCCAGGAAGCGAGGCGCGUCCAUCCACGACGAGACUGCCGAGUACCUGCGGAUCCAGGCGGCUCUCUCCCCUGGAAAAAGAGUCUCUUUCGCUGAUACAACAGGUGGAGACCUGGUGGACGUCAGGGAGUUUGUCGCCUUCGACUCGGACGACGAAGAGGACUCUGCAAGAUGGGAGGAAGAACGGGCGAAGUAUGGAAAGUGCGAGCGUGAGCCGGUGUUCCAUGUGCAUCCAGACUUUGAGCCCCCCAGUGGAGAAGCGUUGCUUCAGGAUGUGAGCGCACAUAAAGUAGCUAUAGAGGAGAUAAGUCCUGUGGAGGAUGAGCCCCUUGCCUUCUGUGGCCUUGUGCGAGUGCUCAACAUCUCCUUCCACAAAGCAGUCUACAUCAGGUCCACCAUGGACAACUGGGCCACGUAUUUUGAUCACCCUGCAGGGUAUGUCCACGGCUCCCAUGACGGGGACACAGAUAAGUUCUCCUUCAAGCUGUCAUUUGCACCCCCUUAUGUCACUCAUGGCUCUCGCAUGGAGUUUGUUGUUCGCUAUGAAACCACUGAGGGGGAUUUCUGGGCCAAUAACGCCCAUAUGAACUAUGUGGUGACGCUGCUUCUGGCCUAUGAAGAUGAGACAGAGGGGACAAACAGCGAGGUGCAAGAAAUAAGAGGAAUCCUGCGACCACCCAGAGAAUACAGUAUUUGCAAUUAUUCUGACUCAUCACACAAGUGGAAAAGUGAAGAAUAUUUGUUUGCUCAAGCAGAUACCUCUCCAUGUGGUUGUCCCGAAGUCACCAGCCCAGUCGUCAUGCGGCCCGAGGUCGAUGUUGAGGCGAGGAGGAUGUUGGAAGAAAUGGAUAGGAAGCAGCAGCUUUUGUAAUUAUUGCACAAAAUCCUGAAGUACAGUAUUAGAAAAGACUGUCACUGUUCUUUAGGAACUUCCUAUGAACUGGUAGAUUUUAAGUACCGUAUUGCACCAUAAUUAAAGUAUGUGCUCUUCUUUUGCAGCCCCCUCUCCUCAUGCAAAUUCAAUCCAUUUGGUUGAUCUGUAACACUCUACUUGAUGCAAUUGAUGCAACAUUUUCACUGCUAGGUGCCAACUAGUUGCUUAAAACAUGAUUAUAUAGGGGCAGGUACAUCUAGUAAUUGUGUGACUUGAACACUUGUUUAUUGUCCAUCAUGUGGUCACUACCCUGCACCAACCAUGACACUGGCUGACUUGCAAAAAAAAACAAAACUGGGUUGCCAUCUGGUGGUCAUUCAAUGAUAUAACAUUUGUAGUGAUAAGGUUCACCUGUGCCAGUGUCAAAAUAAAAAUGCCUCAGUUCAAAACCAUUCCAUGCAAACCAUUUAUUAUAAUAAAAGCACAACAUAAUGACAUUUAAAAACGGAAAAGCUGAACUGCUUUUAACAAUUAAAAACAAAUAAGAUUACAAAAAAAUAAACUCCACCAAUGGACCCAAACAACCACCAAGAGAAAAGAUCUGUCCAAAAAAAAAAAAAUUGUAUCUACCAUGGGAGUGAAGUGGGUAAACGGAACUUUGAACCAACACUGUUGGUGGGUCUGGCUUCUGGUCUGUUUUGAAAAGAAAGUUUCAACCACAAAUGACAAAAGACAGACAUGUCACAGACAUUUGUUAGCUAAUAGCUAUUUGGCAAACUAAUACUUGAAGCAUGCUUGAAAGCUAGUGCCCUCAAGGCAGCCGCAUAACUGUUGCAAACAGUCCCAUCAAGACACUGGCUGAGCCGAUCACUUACCUCUGAGUAGUACCCCAAACAAAAGGAACUGCUGCUUCAUCAACUUCUGCAAAACAAGUGGGGCUUGUGCUCAAUACCUAGUAUGUACACAAUCCAAAGGAUCAUGCAUUCAUACUUUCAAAAAUGCUGUAUUUUGUCUACAAUUUACAGUUCAAACAUGCUGUAUUUUGUCUACAAUUUACAGUUGCGGGAUGGAUGAUCUCUUAAAGUAGACAAAAACAACCAUCCUGUUGAUUUGUUUUGGCUCUAUUGUGCUGACAGAGCAUUUUCCAAUGGGAAACUGAUAAAGAUCAGACCUGAAGCAUUUCCAUCAGCUUAAAGCACAAAUAUAUAAUAGUGGUUCACUGUGACAGAAGGGCAUAGCAGAAGUCAAAAGAUAAAUGUAAGUUAUCAAACUCACCCUUUUCCCAGUCUUCAGUCAUGUCCGUGUUAAUUUGAGACAUGACUGGAACCUCCCAUUUUCUCAAUUUUUCACUGCCACCUGCCAGCAGAACAGCAGUCAACUCAGAAGCACAUCAAGACGAGCGGAGGAGUCAUCUCACCAUUCUCUGGGCCCACUGAAAUUUUGUCAGGACAUGUGUCAGUGUGGCUGGCCAGCUCAUGCUUUGGGAUUAGGUGGCAAGCAUUGAAGGGGCAGGUUAUGAGCUGCUUGGCCAGUUGUGGAUGGUUCUGCAUCAGUAAAAGAGUCAAACAUACAUACAGUCAGCUGUGCAUAGACUGGAGGGGUGGUGCAGGCCUAUACAGACAGAAAAUUAAGUACCAAAAGCCAACCAAUCAUAGCCGUAACGGUCAACAUUGUAUUUUUUAUUUUUGAAGGUGCAUGUCACGUUUCGUGCAGAGACUGAACUCAAAACUGACAAAAUGCAACAAAAGCAUACAGUUGUCUCUCAUUUAUAGCUAUAUAUAACUCCUAUUCAUUGUUUACACCACAUUGCAACUCUUGCCGCGGGGAGUCGAGAUGGUCUUAGCUAGCAAGCUAACCAGUUAGCCCAAGUGUAUUUAAUCUAAACUUAAUAAACUUAACCACUUCCACACAGGAUAGGAAGAGAACUUUACACUCCAUCAUGUCGGUCAUGCAAUGGCUGAUUUCAUGCAGCAUUAAGGGAAUGUAAUGUCUCCAUGUUUUGUGGCAUUACUGCCACCAGAAUUCUACAUGCCACUUGUAUUUCAAUAUGUUUUGAAGAGUAGAAAAUAGUCUACUUCAAAAACAGCAAUCAUUUAUCAUUUGAAUUGACUGAAAAACUGAGAUAUUGCGGGGGGCGACUGUUUUAAAAGGUCAAAAUGUGUGCAGUGUACAAAAAACACAUACAUGUUGGCAGGUCUGUAAGUGUUUUCAUACUUCAUCUUGAAAAGAUGAAGAAACAUGAUCUUCAAAACAUGUCUGCAUUCAAUCAAAAAAUUGAUGAGCGUGUACGCAUAUAAAGAGUACUAUCAACUUAAGCAAAGGCCAAAGUUCAAUGAAUUGUUUGCAACAAUGCUAAACACAACAAAAAGGGUUUGUAUUAUAUUCAAACAUUUUGUAUGCUCACAACUUGAGGAAACAGCCGAGCACAGGGAAUGUACAGUCAAAAACUAAAUUGCAUUCCCUCCCCACUCACCUUCUUGCAUUUUAAAAUGUGGUAAGAGAGGCGACAAGCACGGAUCUGGUGACUCUUAUCAAAAGGGCACUGGCAAAGUUUAUCCGGGUCAAAGUUUCCCUUUUCCUCUUUAAUAUAAGAAAAUACAUGAUCACGUUAAAUCACUUUGCUGUUAAUGAUGCCAUUGAUGUGGUGAACCAAUUACCAGAUUCUUCUUGAGAAGUUCUCGCCACAGAGCGGCAUGGUCCCGUGCUGCUCCCAAACCUGACGGUCGUCAUUUUCCUAAGUGUCCAGACUCUGCCUUCAAAACACAGUAGCAGUCAAAAGCUUCAUGUAUAGCAGUGAGUGUGUGUGUCCAAAUGUAAGUUUGAAUAAAACCACAAUGUCUAAUAGUUCGAUGAACCCCAUGAACAUCAAAUGUCUUCAUAUUUACAGAUAUGCCAAUUGUCCAAACAACGUUGAGCCACGGUGUCAAGGGAAAAUCUGCUGCUAGCUCCAAAACAGAUAAGAGACGAGGCAAGUUCAUGGAAAUGUCUCACUUCUACAGAGACUUUAUAGCAGGGGUGUCAAACUCGCGCCAUGGCGGCCCGAGACACUGCAGGUUUUCCUACCAGCCGGUCACAACAGCAGGUGAUUUUGAUUAUCAACACCUUUAAUUUGAGGGAAGGAGUUAAUCACUUAAAUCACCUGCUGAAGAAACUGGUUGGAGAGAAAACCUGCAGCUCGGCCAUCCAUGGCACGAGUUUGACACGUGGAUGCUUAUACAGUGUAUAUGUAAGGGGAAAGACUUGACUGGCCCUGAAACAAGGGCGAAAAGACGUCAAAUGAUUGGCACGUGACCAUCUUUUCAAGUCGCCGAACUACGUUCACUCACUACGUGCUGUUUGUCUAAAGUGCAGUAUUUAUGUUUAAACAUGCAGUAAGUAUAACUUAAACAGGUUAGUGCCAGGAAAAUAACGAUUUACCCAGAGAAGCCGGUCGGUUCGGAGAUGUUACUUCCUGGUCCAGCGAUGUGUUUAAACUGAUGUCUUAUGCCAAUGCCGCCCAUGUCGUUUUAAGCGGUCACGUGGAGUCUCCUUUGCCAACUUUUCAGUAUCUAUUGGCUGUCCUAGAAGCCGCUAGAUGACGUCAUUGUCUAAUUUUCAUAUUGGUUUGUAAAUGGUAUAGGACAGUGGUCCCCAACCCUCGGGCCGCAGCCCGGUACCGGGUCGUGGGUCAUUUGGUACCGGCGCACAGAAAGAAACAAUUCCCAUUAUUUCAUUUUUUAAUGUUUUAUUUUGAAAAGUGGCCAGAUUCUCUCUGUUACAUCCGUCUCACUUGACACAUGUCCAUUGUGCUAACUGUGCACAGAUAGACUACUACUGUAUUUUUACCAUUUUUCUUUCACCUCAUAUUUGGUCUCAAAUGCUGAUACUAUGUGGGAAUGCAUAAAGGUAAGUUUUGAUGACUUAUUGAGCGCUAAUGUGCACAUUUGUCUCAAGUUAAUUUAUGCUAGUGCACUGCAUUUUCCCACACACGUUAAACAGCAAUGUAAUAAUCUCUCUGGAAAAACUUGGCUGGAACUUGAACUGGUGGAUGGUGGGUCUGCAUUCAUUUUGUGCUUUUAAUUUGAUGUUAUUCAUUUCUUAGUUUUACACAAUACAUAAUAAAUAAGAUAAAUUAAAUCGCUAUAAUGUACAACCCACCCCUCCCCGGUCUGCGGGAGAUUUGAGGGAACACAAGCCGGUCCGUGGGUCAAAAUAGGUUGGGGAGCACUGCUAUAGGGGAAAAAAAAGCAUAAUCUUGUAGGAGAGACAAAAAAGGUGAGUAAAAACAUCUUAAUUACGUUUAGAACUACAAAUAAACGUGAUUCAUGGUUUUUUAAUUUAAAAUUGUCCAUUUCAUCCAAAUAAAAUUAUUUUAUAUCAGCCAGUGCCUGUCAAAGUUCUCCCAUCACACAUAGCAUAAUUGAACUGUGAAUAACAGAUUAUGCGGUGUUUAUUCUAUGGUUUACAAUAACAUGACGUGGUUCGUGAAGGUGAAUAUUAUAUACAUACACUGUAUAUACCCACACACCUGAUCAAAAUCUUAAGACCAGUUGAAAAAUUGCUAGAAUUUUCAUUUUGCACAUUUGGAUCUUAAUGAGGUUUUAAGUAGAGCUACAAUAUGCAAAUACAAGAAGUGGGAGUGAGACAAAAAGCACUUGGAAAAAGUAAUUUAUUGAAAACAAACUGAAACAGGCUUUUCACCCAGGUAUUCGUUCCCGUCUGGAUACAACUAUUUACUAAUCAGGCACAUUGUGGACGCAAAGUUUUACAUCAAGAGCUUACAUCAAAGAAUGAUACUUGCUCUGACCCUUAGGUGUCAACGCAUGUUUCCUGGAACCUAUUAGGUUUUAUUAGGGCAGCAUCUAAGGGGCUAGCCACACUGCAAUGUUUUCAGGUCAAAACAGCAAAGUUUUUUUAUCGUUUCAGCCUCUCAUCCACACAGAAACGGCGUUCUGUGUGUCCUGAAACGUAUUUUUUGAAAACGGCUUGCAGAGUGGGAAAAUCUGAAAACGGAGGCUUUUUGUUUUUGUAUAGACAGCCGAUCCGCUGUUUUUCAGAAAUGUUGACGUCACCGAUCCGUUGCCACCCUGUCGCAGUCACAUGACCAGAACUGAGCUUUAACGACAAGCCAACAUAACCUCUGAAUAUUUCCACUGACAUGACUCACUCCAGUCGACAACCCGCCAAAAAAAAAAUCCCAGGAACGUUCCCAGGUGGACAGGGCCCAAGAGAUAGCCUGAUUAAAUGAUGGUACCCUGGUUGACCUCUGCCAGUGUUUGUCACACCAAUGCUACAGGCAACCUCCUGCUGCAAGGUGUGCUCCGAAACAAGAAUAAUGUGACCUAAGUUAUACAAUAAAUUUUCACAUCACACUCCUUCCGUUUGAUUAUUUAUUAAUCACAUAUUGCAGUACAUUUACAGAUAAAACACAAACAUUACGUUACAUUUACGUGUAACAUACAUAAAUAAAUAGAAUAAAACACAUAAAAUGUAGUUAUAUUUCAAAGUAAACAACCAUAAGUAGAGUGCAAUGA